AUGUCUUGGAGCCGCUGCGAUCUCAAAUCUGGGCGAGCAAUGAUGUUGCUGGGAAAUUCUGGGUUUCGUUUUCUUAUGAGUUCCUCCCUUUGUUCUGCUUCCAUUGCGGGCGGUUGGGGCACAUGGAGCGAAAUUGUGUAUAUCCUGACCCAAUUGGCGAUGAGCGAUACGGCCAGGAAAUGGCAACAACAGAAGUCGAUUUCGCCUCAAUGA